CCGGUAUGGUCUCUACUAACAAAAUAAGUGCCGGGCAAGUACUGCUGGCGCAGAACGACCAGUCACUUUCCUUUUGACCUUCGUUUGCAGACCUCGAUUACUGAAACACCAGAACGCCAUGGCCCCGAUCGUCUCCUCCACAAUGUCUCCGAAAUCGGUCCCUGACUCGGCGAAGAUCGUGGUCCGUGAGUUCCGCAGCGAAGACCUGCCUCAGGUGAUUCAACUCUUCAAAGAUGGCAUGCUCCACUAUCCGAAGAGCCAGCAGGACCCGCACCUGGACGACUACAUCGCCGACAGCCUGAAGAUGGAUCUCAGCGACAUCGAUGGCACUUACUUUAAACCUGGUGGCAACUUUUGGGUUGCUACGCCCCGUGAUGAUCCGACACUUGUGGUCGGCAUGGUUGGUCUUGAGGCGAAGCCGAAUAAGGAGGGCGAACUGCGACGCAUGUCGGUAAAGUGCACUCAUCGUCGAUACGGCAUCGGACGGCUACUCAUUUCGACGCUAGAAAAAUGGGCGUCAGAUCGUCAAUUCCACAAGAUCUGGCUCACCACGGGUGGUGUGAUGGAAAAAGCGCGGGCUUUCUAUAUCUCCGUGGGCUAUUCGGAGACCGAGGUCAUCGUAAUUCACGAGGAACCUCGUUUCGAGGUGAUCAUGAUCGAAAAGGUGCUUGCACCGGCAAUCCUUGCAUGAGCAAUAAUAAUGAGUGGGCACCAGAAAAUCUUUUAGUGACUGUUGUCACUCAUCCAAUCACACUCCUCUAAUCCUCA